CGUUUAACAACCUGUAUUGCAUAUUCAAGAUGGCUCCUUGCUAGUACUUCGCCGCAAGAGUUUAAUGCUUUCAAAACUGUAAACAUGUGUUCUUGUCGAGUUCUUUGAGCUUUGUUUGGCAUUCUUCGCGAUCUCUGCGGCCCAUAUCAUUCAAAGGAAAGGAAGAAUAUGUUGGACUCUUAUCUCACUCGAAACGAUGACCUAAGCUGUCCUCGCACCGCCUACUGUUUGGGACGGCACCCUCCACACCGACACCUACUGUUUGGUGUUCGAAUGAUUUGAGCGGGGCUGGAGUGGCACCAAAUUUGAAGGGACCGGAAGUGCUUUGGUUGAGUGCGGUGUUGAGUCAGAAGGAGGACAUCAAACAAAUCAUCGCCUCGCCAAACAAGGAAAACAACAUGAUUGCAGCAAUGCAAUCUUUCAAAAACUGAAGUUUUCCACUUUCUUUUAUGGAAUUUGAUUUCCACUAUUCAUCAUGGAAGAUGAGAAACUGCGCCGAGAGUGUAGGGUGGUUUUGAGAGAUCUCCGCUCCAUUUUACCUGAGACAAUGCUCUCACACCUCGCAGUUCCAAGCCAGAAGAGUGAUGAAGAAGUUGAAAUCAUUUCAGAGGCAACGGAAAGCUCUUGUAUGUCAAGUCCUACUAAGACAGGUUCUCGUCGAACAGAGUUUAUGGAACCAGCCUCUACUUACUUAGAACAAAAGAUACACUGUCAAGAAGUUUUUAAAACAAAGUCAGUUAAUGAAGUAAGUGAUAAAGAUCCAAAGGCAAGGACUUGUGUGAAGAUAUUUAAAAAUCUCAAUAUUUACAAGAAACGGCAUUCAUUGAUGAAAUCUCACAAAAGAAGACAUUCUGGGAACAGCAACUCCUUGUCUACUGCAAACCAAGCCAAGCAUCACCUUCUCCAAAAGUAUGGCAGCACUCUGCUCCGAAAAUCUUCUCUUUUAGUCAGUCCUGAUGAGACUUCACCCGCUCAAUUUGGCUCGUGUGAGACAUUUGAUCACUCAGGCUCUGAAUUGGAUGCUGCAUCUGAAUCAGCCCAAACAAUUCUAGUGCAAGACCAAAAUAAUUUAUCCCACUGCAAGAAUUUGAAUAUCAAAACACUAGAACAGCCUACUAAAACCAUAAGUGAUGUAAUUGAGAAAUCACCUAUAGAAAGGGCGCAGCCAUCUUGUCCUAUGCCUCCCGUUGGCCUCUCAGUUAAAGUUGGAGUUGGACAUCAACUUCCUACCUUACAAGCCAAAUGUGUAUUAACAUGCCUUGAAAAAUGUCAAACAUCCUUGACACCUCAGUUUGCUGAAUUUAGUUCAUGUGUUGUGAAAGCCUCUGCUCAGUUGCCUGUUGCGAAAGUUUUGAUUCCUAUAGAUGAUGAGCGAGUUCUUCAGUUCAUGCGCAUAAAAUGGCAAUCUUCACCAGCUCUUCAAAGAAUAGCUUUAUCCAAACCUCAAUCUCCUCCAGGAGGAAUGCAUGAUAUCAAUACUGAACAUCGAAUUCUUUCAGACGUAGAUGAGAUGGCAUCAAAAGAUUUAAACGAAAACACAGAUAAACAUUCUACCAGUGUCAUUAAAAGAAAUUGUCAAGAAAGUCUUGAAUGUGAUGAAAAGUCUGUGCAUGAUAAGAAAAACAACAGAAAACUAGUGAAACGGAAGAGGAAAAGUCCCAUCAUUUACCGGUCUGGUAUUGAUCUUAAUACAAAUCCAGAGGAUAAUACUGACUUAGUCUCUACUUCAGAAUGCAUUGUUAGUACACCCAACAAGAUAUGUCAGGAAGAUGCAGAAAAUGUGCAGAAGUUGCUAAGAGAACGCUCAAAGCCAACUCUUAUUGCUGGAAAUGAAGAAAAGUUAACGAGAAAGAUUGAGAAAGGAGGAAGCAAUGCACUAAAACGGAAAAGGCUACAGUAUUUAGAUACAAGCAUUUUGAAUUUGACUGAUUCAGAUGAAGAAACUAGGAAUGUUCCCUUGAUAACUGUAGAAAAAUUCCCCCAAAUUUUUUAUGACCCAGACGAUACUAGAGGUGUUUGCUCGACUGAAGCUGUAACAGAAGAACCUAGGGAAACUACUCGAGGAAUGAAGUCACAUGUUAUGCAUGAGUUACGACGCUUGAAUGUUGCUGUGUUCGAUAUGCCAAAUCACCAGGAACCUAUUAUGUGCAAAACUAGUGAUGUGUGUAAUUUGGGUUGUGUGUGCAGUAGCCUCUCUACCAAAACUGGUCGGGAUCAUUGUGGUUUGGAGGAAUGCAUGUUUGGUUGUGUUUGUUCUAAACCCCACUCAAAGGAACAAGCAUACAAUGACCCAUCAUACACUUGGAUGCAGGACAAAGCAAAGGCAAAUUUAGCUAAAGAAGAACAGCAUUUCAAGCAAACAGUUGUGCGGUCCGUCAAGGAUGGUCUAGUGCUUGUAGAAGGCAGGAAAAAAAGAGAAAUUAAGCUUCCUAAUAGGUAUCGUCAGGACUUUGUGGCAGAUACUGAUCUGAGAUUUUGUCGUCAGUUUGGUUCUAUGAAAACCAUUAAAGGAGUUCUUGAAGAAACUCAUUUACCUGACAAAGAUAACAAUCAACUUAAACAAUCCAGAAAAAGUACUGGCUCUAAAAAUACCUGUUUGACCAUACCUGAAAAAGGGGGUUCUGAGGUAACAGACAUUCUUAAUACAAGCUCAGAGAGUGAAAUAUUCGAUUCACAAGAUUCACCUUUUUCUGCUCGGACUGGACUUUAUGACUUUAAGUCCAAGGACGAUCGCAAAGAUAAACAGAAACAGCUCUUAAGUGAGUCUCCGUGUGAGAAAAUUGAAGCUGCCAGUGAUCUGAAAAUUGUGUCCACACAAUCUGUUAAGGUUGAAGAAUGGGAAAAGUCAAAUAACAAGCUUGAUGGUGUUUCAAAUUUAGAGCUAUCUUGUACAGCUUUGUUCAAACCCUCAUCAAAUUCUGAGAACAAACAUGUCCGCCUGCUGUCAUGGAAAGGCCUCAGGGACGAUAUUGACAAGAAGAAUGCAUUUGUGUGGAUCAAGUCAGUUACCUCCAAACCCAAAAUUUACUUAACUUGUUCUCAUUUAAAACCCACUGAAAACUGCAUUGACAUUCAAUCCAUAGACCAACUUAGCCAAGAAUACAAAGAAUUUCCAUUUCACGUUAAGUCCUUAAGGUCUGAUUACUCUCUGUCUGAUAUAGAAGGUCAAUGUGUGUGGAUUGUGAAGUCCAUUAAAUCUCAUUGGAUGAUAGUGGGGUAUAUGCAGCCGGGACAAAAAAAUCGCACUUUAUGUGAAAACCCUGAAAUUGACAUUUUGUCUACAGUAGAGGAAAAUUUGUGUCAUCGAUGGUGGGUUAUGGACAUCAGACAGGAUUUUGAUCUGAUAUAUUUUAUGGAUUUUAAAAAGGCUAUCACUAAACAUCAAAUCUCAACUCUGGUCAAAUUAUCAAAUGAAUAUUCAGAAAGUGAAACAAAAAUGCACCGUAUCCUCCUCAAUCGAAGAAGACCUAAAAUUGAUCCAAGGCCUACACCUUACCCUGACUUUGGAGCUUACAGUUUACCAAAUCGGCCAACUGAAGUGCUUAUUGGUCCUUAUGACUACUCUAAAGAGCCGAGGUUCCAUGUUUAUGCUCAGAAAGUUUUGUCUGAUGAAAGGACUGAAUAUGAGAAAAUUCCUUUAUUUUACUGUGGUGGAGGAGAAUUUGUAAGAGUAAACGCACAAGGAGCACUGUCUUUGCACACAGAGACUCCACCUGAAAAGUAUGUCAAAGGAAUGUGGUACGAAAGCUCUGGAAGUGAGAUUAGAAAAUGUGAUGCUCAAUCACUCAUCCCAACAGCAGCCAGUGAACAGGUUGAAAAUGGAGGUUUCCCCCAGACUGACUUGCCAAGUCAUCAUAAUGGGACAGAAUGUGUUGUGAAUGAAUCAGAGGAUUUGCCUAAGAAGUCAUCAACAAGUAGCAGUGGUAUUACAAAUUAUGAGAGCUACGGUAGCGAUAUCGAAUCAGUUAAAACAUGGAGUGAAUCCUCAUAUGAAGGCAAAGAGAGUUCCAAAGAAAGGCAAGACAAUUUAAUCAGCCCUGUUGCAGACAAGGAAAAUAUUAUCCAACCAGAGAAUUUUCAUAAGAAACAUUCCAUCAAGCAUAAGAAAAGAUCUCAUGAAUCAAAUCUUUCCAAUGUUCCACUUGAGAAAUGUUCCCAAGUCGGAACCUUUUUGGAAGCAGAAACAGAUCAUAGCGUAAAUAGCCACAUUGAUGAUUGCCGAGAUCUUCCAGAACUGAAAGUAGAGUACUUGAUUCCAAGUGUGGGAAUAGGUUUUUUGCCUGUUACUUAUUUGCCAACUGAUGCAUUAUCCGUUCCACAUUUUACUCAACCAGGUUUGCUCCAAUUUUUCCACACUAGAGAAGAACUUAUUCAGGAGAUCAACAGGCUGAUCCAUUUCAAGUUAGCAUGUCUACGUCAAAAAUGUGCUGUGGUUCUGAGAAGGCAUGAUAUUUGUAGAUGUGUUGCAUGGAGAGGCGUCUGGAAUAAAGAAAAGUGUGCUCAUUUACCACAAUUUUCACCUGAAGUAUUCAAUGGAUACUUUAUGUUGACAAAGUAUGGGUUACUGGACAUACGUACUGCUGAUGAUAAAUCUCUACGCAAGUUAGGUGAAGAUUGGAUUGACUGGUUAAAGGAUGAUGAACUUAAAAUUAAAUUUUCAACUUGGAAAGAACAGAAAUCAGGAGACCGUCAGGACUACUCAAAUAUGCCACUACCGGAUGCCAUAGGUUUGGCAAAGAAAGAGGUACUGAAAUCUAGCGAUGCACAUGAUCCAACUUAUUAUGAAGAUGAAGCAAAAAAAGUAAUGAGGGACACAUUGAUCUCUUCUUUAAGCCGCAAACUUAAUGGAAUUCCUGGAACUGUUAUCCCAAACUUUUUGGAAAAAUUAGAUUUGGAUAUUCUUUGGAACAGCCAACAAUCAAUAAGUAGUCUGGGUUUAGCUAUGUUUCAAAGUACAAAACUAUCACAAUCUACCAUAUCUGCAAAUAAUUCCAAAAACUGUCAGCGUUCCUCAAAAAGCCACUGCAGGAAUACUAACAAAACUCUAACGUUUAAAUCUGGUUUCAUAGUCAAGGAAAUGAAUAAUACAACAGAAAAAUCUGUUGAUAGAAAUGAGAAUGAAGAAUCUAGAAUGCCGCAGCAAGAGCAAACCCAAACCAAAGAACAUAUUACAGCAAAAUUAACACCCAGUCCAAGAAAGGAUAUUUUGCAUAAUAUGAAUGGGCUAGCAUGCCGGUUGUCUCCAUUUUCCCGCUUAAAUAUCUGUGUUGAAGAAGGAGGCAUCAAGUAUGUUCCACUCUCUUCGCCGCCAAGACCUUCCUCACCUUUAGAGUGUAUGGCAGAUAUUCAAACAUCACCUGGAAAACAGCCCAACAUUUUAAAACGAAUCAAAUCUGGAUUUCCUGACUCUUCGCCAAACAAAUGUGUUUCCUCUUCUGGGUUUUAUAAUAUAAAACACUGUCGAAAACAGACUUUCUCUGUUUCUGCUGACAAUGAAGAGGAACCAGUAUUUCUGGAAGAUCCUGAAGAUAAUUUAGAUUCAAGGAACCAACUUGAAUCUGAGCAGAGCCCAUCUAUCAAAGUAGAAACGAGUUGCCCUCCUUGUGGAAGCAACUUGAAAACCAGUGUAGGUGAAAUAUCCAUGCCAAGGAGUUCUAUUGAGUCAGCUGCAUAUGAAGGAAGCUGUUCUUCACCUUCAGCUGUAACUUCCUUCUUACAAAGGAGAGGCUCUGAGCCACCUUUAAAAAUAUCUUCUGUUGGAUCAGGUGCUUCUUACUGGAACGAGCCAAGCAAAGUUGUCUCACCCUCAAGUCCUGAUGCAUCUGUCGGAGUAGAUACUCUGCCAGUUUCUAGUUCAGAAUCCACUUCUACCCUACAAAUAUCAUCAGUUUACUCCACAAAGUCCUCUUCUUCAUCUCCCUUGUCUACUCAAACAGAACUGUCAUCAAGUGUUGACCCUGUGAGUUCUUUGCGUAUUUCGUCAGUAGUUUCGGUUCCAAAACUCAAUAGCUCAUCAUCACAUUCUGCAAUAUUGAUUCAACAUGGGCUCAGGAGGCUCAGGAGGCCAGUAUCCUUUACAACUGCAAGGACAAUGGUUAAAUCUAAUUCAGCUUUGGGGACCAUUGAAAGCAAUCACCCAAGAGGUGCAAGUGAUUCUAAAGGUGCCUCUCCCCCAAAUUCGACUAAAACAAGGACAAUGGUGAAAUCUGAUUCAGCGUCAGGGACCAUUGGGAACCAUCAUCCCACAGGUGCAAGUGAUACCAAAGGUGCCUCUCAUCCCCCCAAUUCGCCUAAAACAAGGACAAUCGUUCAAUCUAGUUCAGCAUUGGGGAACAUGAGAAACAAUCUUGAAACAGGUGUAAGUGAUACUAAAAAUUUGACUAAAAAGAAAAGUUUUAUUGAAGAAGAACCAAACAAUAGAUUUCAAAAUGUUGAAAGUGCCACCAAAACAAUUAAAAUUUUAAAGAAAGGCAGUGGUGUUGUUACAGUCACUGUUCCAGUGGCUGCUCUUAAAGUAUUGCCUCCUGCUUACAUCAACGGGAAACUUCAGUCGAACCUGUUGAUGAAAGGCGGCGGCUCACUUCCUUACAGACAAGAAGAUGAUAAGACCAGUGAUCUUUCAAGUAACUCCUUAGCAAGAGAUGAUACCAGUGCUGACUAGACACAUCAAAGAUACUAUGCAUGACAGUUCAUCUUUCUGAUAAAGACUAAUUAUAAUGUUCUAUUGUUAACUGGAGUGAGUUAGUUGUAAUGUAUGUUUUUUAUUUUUACUAUUAUUGUAUUGUUAUUGUGUAUUCUAUUGUGAUCAAGAGUGCAAAUCACUCAUUUAUACUUAAUGAACUUGAAGAAUUCAUUUUGUUUCUGAGCUGAAUCUGUUACCUACCUGUGAUACUCUUUUUUUCCCUCCCUUAUUCUGGUACCAUUGUCAUUAUCCCAAGUACAACAUUUAUGUGGCUGAAGUGCUGUAUAAUUUGUAUCUGUAAUAUGACUUAAUUCUUGUUCAUGCUAUUGUACCUGCUAAACUUAAUUUCUUAUUUGAUCUAACACAAUUUGCUUCACCGUUUUGAAUGCAAGGCGGUAGUUCAAAGGAAACCAAAAAGUAAUUACUUUUACCUUUGUUACUUAAUUUGCAUCAUUGCAACAAUGCAACUUGUUAGCUGUCGAAUUAAUAAGUUGCAAUUGCAUGUGUUAUUCAUGAAAUAAAAAAUAAUGGAAACAUU